AGCACAGUACAGUGGUUUUGCAAGGAUGCAUGUCGACGUGCUUCAAGCAUGCAUUUUUCCGCCCAGUAUUUUCCUCACUCGUUGCGAGUCACCUGCCCUUGCUGGGGGGUGUGGGUGUACAUGAACCGGGGGGGGAUGGAAGCAGAAUCAUACUUGGCAUUUUACGUAUCCGUAGGUGUGCAGAGCAUAGAGCAGAACAGAACAGAGCAUGAAGCAUGAACAAGACCAUUCGUCAAGUCGUCUAGUACCCCGAGUAUAAAGGCUGGAGCUACGCCUGUUGGAUCGUGAGUCUUUUUGGCCUUUGA